AUCGGCGGUGAUACAACCAUUGUGGUAGCUGCCUGUCUGCUUGUCUCAUAGAUUCUGGAAAGAACCGAGUAAGUCAACUUGGAGACUUGCACUCUGGCUGCUUCACUUCACCAACCUAGUUCUUAUCGAUUCUAAUUACAGCUUUUUGCCUAAUCUCCAUUAUCCAUACGACAAACAUUAUUAUAGACGAGGUUGUACUCAGUAGGUCAACCCGUAUCUCCGCCCAGAAAACCACCCGAGCCACAUCUCUAAGUUCAGGAUCCAGUUUGAAGCGUCGGAGAUGGGCUCGGCUGAGCAAGGGAGCGAGACUCCUAGAGACGGCCGGACAUGGCGUAACUACUUCCCUAAAGGCGACCUUUGGGUGUUCGGAUACGGGAGUUUGAUCUGGAAGCCACCGCCGCAUUACGACCAACGGAUUCCCGGCUACAUCAAUGGCUAUGUGCGGCGCUUCUGGCAGGCAAGUACCGACCAUCGUGGCACUCCAGAGAACCCUGGACGAGUUGUGACAGUGAUCGAACGGGAGUUCUGGGAAACGCUGGAUGAUCCGCUGGCGCACCUUGAAAGCUCACCGACGGCCACGGUUUGGGGUGCUGCAUAUCAUAUCCCUGCUUCCCAUGCUGAGGAGGUACACGAUUAUCUCGAUGUCCGAGAAAUCGAUGGUUACACCGUCCAUUACACCCCUUUCCAUCCCGUCGACACUCGUAAGGUGCCAAACGCAGAGGAGUCUACAUCAUCUCCAAUCGUGUGUAUGGUCUACAUCGGUCAACCGACCAAUCCGCAGUUUUUGCGGGAUCCAGCCCGGCGAGAGCAACAAGAUGUGGCCGAGGUGAUAAGUCGCAGUCAGGGACAGAGUGGUAAAAACACUGAAUACCUGUAUCUCUUAGAGAAGUCGCUUGACGGACUCGGGCUGGGGAGUGCCGAUGUGCACGUUACUGAUCUGGUGCGACGGGUCAAGACCCUUGAGGGCGUGGAAGAAGCGGCGGCAGAGGAGGCCAAGGCGGAACGGGAUAUAGAGGAGGCUCUCCAUCCAUCCAAAGCAGAGGCUCAUCAAUGAUUUCCACCUGCUGAAUAGGCCCAUUCGACCCGUGUUGUGUCAAUGAGCUGUAUCAUUGCUGUUGCUGCUGUUGUAUCCUUGGAGUGGUUUGGCUUAUGGCAGAUAGACCGAU